AUGGCGGACGAGGACCAGGAUAUCUUUGACUCGUUGGAGCGUGAGGCCUCCGACUUUGCGAAGGAUGCCGAGAUCGACCGCAUCUGCAAAGCAUUCACUCUCGAUGCCUACGCCGUCCUAGACAUCCAGCCUGGUGUACCGGAGAAGGACAUCAAAAUCCAAUACCGCAAGAAGUCCCUCCUCAUCCACCCCGAUAAAACCAAGAACCCCGCCGCGCCCGAUGCCUUCGACAAACUCAAGAAAGCGCAGACUGCCCUACUGGACGAGAAGCAGCGGACUUACCUAGAUGAAUGCAUUGCCGACGCGCGACGACUCCUGAUCCGCGAGCACAAGUGGACAGUCGAUUCGCCGGAGCUCCAGACGGACGAGUUUAAGAAGGAAUGGCGGCAGAAGACUGUGACUGUUCUACUGGAGGAAGAAGCGCGACGGAGACGACAGAUCAAGGCGCGCAUGCAGGAGGAAGGUCGCGAGCAGCGCAAGGAGGAUGAGGAGAUCGAGGCGCGGAAGCGGAAGCGCGAUCAUGAAAAGAAGUGGGAGGAUACUCGGGACGAGCGCAUUGGGAGCUGGCGCGACUGGCAGAAGGGACGCAAGGGUGGAGACGAGAAAAAGAAAAAGAAGAAGAUGAAGGUAUUAGGAUGA